AGCAGUCCUUAAUAAUUAACAUACAAAUUAACGCUUCUACAUUAUUAAACCCUCCCUGAGAUUGCAUCUAUAGCAUUUCCAUAAUUGUCAAAUUCUGAUAGAUUUUAGCUUACAUAUCAGAUGUUACUUUGAAACAUCACGUUGUGAAGGUUUGUUCCCCCCUUUAAAAAUUCAAAUACGAAGAUUUUCCGACUGCCUAGGCGACCUACAAUCGAUAGUAGCCUCGCACAAGCUAUCGAUACGCCUGCGCGAAGCUUCUGGGUGAAUGGCAUUUGAGUGUCAGGGAAAGAAGAAGCUGCGAAAAGAAUUUUAGAAGAAAGCAACUGCAAUUUUGUCAAAAUCGGAGCUGCAAUUCGCAAUGAAUAAUGGAAACUAGACGGCCCAGUUCCGGUGAUGAGAUAAAGCCAGAGCUGUACUUCCUCAUCUCCAAGUUCCUGGCUGCGGGGCCGCUGGAGGAGACGGCAAAGGUUUUGAUCCGGGAACUCGAGGAGAAGAAGGUCUUGCCGCGUCGCCUCGACUGGCAGGGAAAUGAGCAUGAACAGACCUUUGCCGAAUUGGAACGAAAAUACAAGCACAUUGGCGCCAAUCAUCUGCUCGAAAUAUGCGGACGCCUGGGACCACUGGUCGAUCGUGAUCUGCCGCCGAGUGUGCCCGGCAUCAGCUCGCUGCUGGGCACCGGGCGCCAGAAUCUGCUGCGCACCAAGGACACCGUCUACUGCCACCGCUCCCUGAAGGAUUACUGCACCCGCCUCCAUGGAGUCUCGCUGCCGGAUUCGCGCUUGACCAAGCCCACACACAACUUAGACCGCGUUCUUACUGGCCGAGAGCAUGGCGGAGAUGUGCGUCGCAAGCUGCUUGUUCCCACGGACCUCUACCGCCGGACGAAACUGCUCCGUCGCACUGUUGGCCACCUGUCCUCGGUUUACUGUGUGCUCUUCGACCGAACAGGCCGUUACAUCAUUACCGGGGCCGAUGAUUUGCUCAUCAAGAUCUGGUCCGCGGCAGAUGGCCGUCUGCUGGCCACUCUGCGAGGCGCCUCCUCCGAAAUCACGGACAUCGCUAUCAACUUGGACAAUACCAUGCUAGCCGCCGGGUCGCUGGACCACAUCCUGAGGGUGUGGGAUCUGCAGACCACCUCGCCCAUCGCCGUCCUGUCCGCUCAUACGGGCAUGAUAACGUCGGUGAACUUUUGUCCGUCGCCGCGCAGCGAUCCCAAGUAUCUGGUGACCACCAGCACGGACGGAUCCAUUGCCUUCUGGCAGUACUCGACGAAGCGUGGCCAAAAAAUUACUUUUGACCCGAGGCCAUUUCAGUACCACGAGAAGCUGCGGCCCGGACAAGCUCAGAUGAUGUGCACCACCUUUUCGCCGGGGGGCAUUUUCUUGGCAGCCGGCUCCGCCGAUCACCAUGUGCGCGUCUACAUGAUGGGCGAGGAUCCGCCGAAACGAAUCUUGGAGACGGAGGCCUGCACGGAUGCCGUAGACUCGGUGCAGUGGUCUCACCGCGGGCUGAGAUUUAUCUCGGGUAGCAAGGAUGGCACCGCUCACAUCUGGUCCUUCGAGUCGCAGCAGUGGAAAAGCGUCAAGCUGUGCAUGACGGAACGUCUGCCCAGCUGCCCGGAACCAGAGGAGGGCAAAAGGCUUAAGGUCACCAUGGUAGCCUGGGAUGCCUCGGACCGUUAUGUUAUCACCGCCGUCAAUGAUUUUAGCAUAAAAAUCUGGGACUCGAAGUCAGCCAAGCUGCAUCGUGUUCUGCGAGGCCACAAGGAUGAGCUGUAUGUGCUUGAGUCGAACCCAAGAGAUGAGCACGUACUGCUCUCCGCCGGCCACGACGGCCAGGUGUUCUUGUGGGACAUAGAGCAGGGCGUCUGCGUGGCAAACUUCCUGAACGACAUCGACGGCCAAGGCCAUGGCAGUGUGUUUGACGCAAAGUGGUCACCGGAUGGUACGAUGAUAGCUGCCACCGAUUCCCAUGGACACAUCCUAAUCUUCGGUUUGGGUGUGUGCAUUGAAAAAUACAAAAUGCUGCCCACGGAGCUGUUCUUUCAUACGGAUUUCCGGCCUUUAAUUCGGGAUGCUCAGCAACAUGUUGUGGACGAGCAGACACAGAUAAUGCCCCACCUAAUGCCGCCACCUUUCCUGGUUGAUGCGGACGGUAACCCACAUCCCACCAGGUACCAACGCUUUGUACCAGGCCGAGAAAGCUGUAGCAUGGACCAAUUGAUUCCGAAUCUUACGGUUGGCGUGGACGGCGUAGUAAUCGAAGAUGGAGGUGCAGGUGGGGACGGUGAUGUUGCUGUGGCCGCUGCACCUGUCGAACCCCCACCCGUAGUAGUUGCCCCAGCUGUUCUUGGCGGAGCAGCUGGAGCUAACUAUUCCCACAUAGACCGCAUGAUCGCAGCUCUGGCCAAUCGGCAGUCGGUUAAUGUCAAUGCCAACGAGGCUAAUCCGAGCAAUGGCAACCAAUCGUUCGAACGUUUGACCAAUCGUCAACUGCCUGACUCUAAUGGCAGGCAAUCUUCACGAGGAAAUGUUCUGGGUAGUCGCCUGAGUACGCCUCGCCAAGGAUGGGGAGCGCCAGCAGCUCUGCCAGCUGAGGAGCAACCAGGACCAUCUCAACACCCGCCAGAGGCUGCAGCAGAGCCAGAGCAGGCCCAAGCCCAGCAGGCGCUCCCAAUUAAGUUCAUCCGCCGCACUUAUGUGCGACCCAUGAAAUACCCCCAGUUGCAGAACCUCAAGCAGACCAUUUACUCUGCUGGCCAAUUUGAGAAACAAGAGUACAAACGCGAGAUGCGUCGCCGACCCAUCAUGAUCAAUACUGCCAGUGCAGCAUCUUCGCAGCAGCCUGGCAGCGUGGGCAGGCCGCGAAAUACUCGUGCCAAUGGAGGUGGCGCAAGAGCAGGAAGAAGACGCGCAGACCAGUCUGGAGCCGGCCAGCAGCAGCCGGCUUACCGCACACGCGCAGUGAGGGAUCAGGAGCCGGAGCGCUACGACGAGGUGGCGCCUCCUCCCGAAGAAGAGGAGGAAGAUGUAUCCAGCAACUCAUCCGGUGACACCAGCUACUCGAAUGUGGAGGAAAACCUAGAAGAUAGCAGUGACGAGUCGGAAACGGACAGUUCCGAUUACUCGGACUGGGUUGCAGAUACCCCUGGUCCAAAUCUGGAGCCGCCCAAGCGCUCGAAACGUAAGCCGCUUUCUCGGAGACCACGGAGUAGCGAUGACAGUAGCGAUGAUGAAAGGGCGGCAGGCAGAGCCAGAGGACAGGUUACAGCCCGGAAGGUGGGACGCAAGACCGUUUGGUUCCCGCCCACAGAUGCUAAUGGCGAGAUACCGGAGCUGUAUCGUCCAGCUGAAUGGCUAUCGGAGGUGAUUCCUCGCAAGGCGCCCUACUACCCUCAAAUGGGUGACGAAGUGGUCUACUUCCGGCAGGGACAUGCCAAGUAUUUGGAUGCAGUGCGCCUGAAGAAGGUCUACAAGCUGUCGCAUAGCUCGGAGCCUUGGAACUUUCAUACCCUGCGUGACCACGAGCUGGUCCGUGUGAUUGGUAUCAAGUACGAGAUACGGCCACCACGACUGUGCUGCCUAAAGCUGGCGAUAAUCGAUGAGGAGGGCAAUAUGACGGGGACGUCGUUCAAGAUCAAGUACCAUGACAUGCCCGACGUCCUGGACUUUCUUGUGCUGCGCCAAACUUUUGAUCUUGCCGUACAGCGCAACUGGAGCAUUGGAGAUCGGUUCCGCUGCAUGAUCGUUGACGGCUGGUGGAUGGGUCAGAUUGAAUCGCGCCACGCCCUCUCUGCCGACUUUCCAGACUCGUCCUUCAUGUGUUUCCGCGUGCGUUGGGACAACGGCGAGUACGAGUUCAUGAGUCCCUGGGACAUGGAGCCCAUCGAUCAACAGCGAGCGCCGGAAGAGGUGGGCGGAGCGGUUCCGGUGCUGCCGGAGGAGAUACGCGCCACCCUGUACCAACCCAAGGGAGAGGAGUGGCAUCGCGGAGAUCGCGAUGGCACAUGCAGGCGCAUAAUCAAUGGAUUGGAGCAGGUGAUGCGACUGUCCAUUGCGGAACAUUUCCUGGCCCCCGUCGACCUCAACAUUUAUCCGGACUACGCCUAUUUGAUCGAGUAUCCCAUCGACCUUACUACGGUCAAGUCGCGCUUUGAGAAUCAUUUCUACCGCCGCAUCACUUCAGCCCAGUUCGAUGUACGCUACCUGGCCACCAACGCGGAGCAGUACAACCGCAGGCACGCGAUCAUCGUCAAGCAUUCGCGUAUUGUCACAGACCUAUGUUUGAGGAUAAUCAGAGAAGCGGAUGAGAUAGAUGUGGCUGCUGUUUAUCACCAGUUGGCGGAUGUGUACCACUCGUCUGAGUCGGAGAACGAGGCGGACUCCGAUGUAGUCCCAUCGACCAGCACAGGGCCAACGACCUCGGCAGCCGCAGCAGCAGCAAGGCAAAGAGUAUCAUCCGCCCGACGCUCCACUCGAAUUCAUUCGGAAGGAGACUGGCGCGCCGAUUGCAGACAACUACUGGAUCUGAUGUGGGCACGGACGGACUCGGUGCCAUUCCGUGAGCCCGUGGACACCAUCGACUUUCCCGACUACCUGGAGAUCAUUGCAACGCCCAUGGAUCUGCGCACAGUGAAGGAAGAUCUGCUGGGCGGCAACUACAACGAUCCAUUGGACUUUGCCAAAGAUGUGCGACUGAUCUUCCAAAACUCGAAGAACUACAACACCAACAAGCGCUCACAGGAUAAUAUAGCGAUUUAUGCUAUGACAUUGCGAUUAAAUGCGCUUUUUGAGUCGCAUAUCAAGACCGUGGUUACCAGCUGGAAGGCGGCCUGCAGGCGCGCUAAUAAAAACAAGUCGGGUAGCAGUGGAGGCGGGGGACGCGGUGGCAGCAGUAGUCCCAGCAAGCGGACCAACAAAGAGCGUUCAACGCGUCGUAAUCAGAAACCGACGGCAGCCGCCAGAAGAUUGCCACUGGCUAACUCCAGUGAGGAUGAGGACGAGGAUGAUGAUGAUGACGAUGAUGAUGACGAGGGGGCGGCCGCUACGAGGGUUCGCUCUCGUCGUCGGAACGGCGUGGCAGUAAGUGCUAGUUCCUCUGGCUCUAAUCGCGUGACAUCUUCAUCCGCCGCCCAGCAGCGUUUACUCAAGAUCACCAGCAGCGAGGAGGAAGAGGAGGAGGAAACAAGCGGGCAGGCCACCUCCGAUGCCAGCAGCGAUGAGGAGGAAAGAGCCCAGUCCAAUGAUAGUUCACCCCAGCAGACACGAACACGCAGGGGCAGGCAGAGGCAACGACUGAGUGAUGACUCCAAUGCUAACGAUUCCGAGGACAGCUACAAUCCCAGCGGUCGCCGAAAGCCUGGAGUAAAGCGCCCGUCCAGCAACCGACAGAAAAACGGCCACUCCAGCAAGCGGCGUCGGUUGAACAAGAGCCCAGCCACUUCUGCCGCUGUUGCUGCCGCAGGUUCUCCACGCCGGUCGCGUCGUGUGAUCGGCAGUUCCGCAGAGGAGGGGGCCUCCCACUCGCAGAACGACGAAAGCACCCAGGAUAGCCAGGUGGGACGCCGUAAGGGCCGCUCGGCGACCAGCAGGUCCCAGCCCAUCGGCAAUGGUCCCAGUACAAGUGCCGCAGCGGCUGCCAGUGCCAACUCCAGCCAAGAAAGCCGUUCGCGAAACACACGGGCCAACGGGAGCAGAACAACGACUCAUCUUGCCGCCGAAAAUGAUCACAGCUACCACCUGCCUGUGCGCAACGGACGCAUAAUCGAAUCAGACACGGAUUCUCCCGUGAUUAGGCCAACUCGACAGAGUGCUAAGCGGGCGCUUAUGGAUUGGGGACGCGGGAGCGACAUUGAAGAAGAGGAGGAGGAGGAUAGCGAAGAAGCGGAAGAGAUCCUGCCCACGCCCACGAAGGACGAUGUGCCUUCUACCAGCCGAGCUGCCCUGGCUCAGGCCGCUGCUGGUCCUGCCCGUCAGCUCCGUACGAACCGCAACACCGUCGUCCUACCAACCCAGAGUGACGACGACGAUGAUGACAGUGACAACGAACCGCUGGCCAAUAAUCAGCAAAAAAAUUACCAAUCACCUGCAAAAUCAAGCUCAACGGCAACAACAGCUCCUCAUCCGUUGUCCCUGCGUCGCCGUUUGGCCUCGCCGCCAGAACGAAACACACAUAUGACCCGUUCACAUGCCAUCUCCACCACGACGUCCUCUGCAGCGGGCUCCCGCGCAGAACAGCAGCCUGCGGUAUCCACCCACGACCACAACUACCUGGGCAACGUUAAUUCAUCGAGGGCACCGCGACGAAUUCUGUCGCGCCAUCAACGAAAUGCCGAUGAGCUGGACACUAGUCUAGAUGUUUUAGAGAACUCGCGUCUGCUCUCAGCCAUAGCAAAUCACCGACGACCCACCUCCACCACAAAUAGCACUAGCAACAGUACCAGCAAUGUAGUCACAAGACGUCUGCGUGGACGUGCAAGUCAACCGAACUCUCAUGACGAGGACCACGAGGAAGAGGAACCGGCCGCCUCUGACGAGGGAACGGACGGCGGUUCCAGCUCGCAGAGCUACGAGGAUGAGGAAGACUCCGACUCGGAAGACAAUCAGCCACUGACAAGCUACGUCUCGCCCAGCAACGGACGCACCCGGCGCAAGGCGAAAACUUCCUCCUCCUCAGCGACCACGCAGGAUCGCCCGCUGCGACGCACCCGCCGUCCGCCAUCCAAUAACUCUUUCGUCAACGACGAUGAUGACGACUAUGUGGAACCUCGAAGUCGUCGGAGCAAUCGGAGCGGGAAUCAGCGAGCCGGUAGAAAUCAAAAAAGACCGCGUUAUAAUGAGCAGUCCGAGGAGGAAGAGGCGGCGGCAGGCUACUCACACCGAAGCAAAAGAAUCCGUAAUGGGGAAGCCCAUGCCAGCUCCCAGGAGCGAUCACAGGCUUCCGCCGAGCGGGAGCCGGCUGAUGACGAGGAAGAGGGUAGCUCGGCGGAUUCAGAUGACCAACGGGUUACCGUGAGCAGCAGGGGCAGGGUGCGCAAACCUUCUGCCAAGGCGCGAGGCAUCUUCAAGGAGUGACCGCAGACUGUUUUAUGUAUAAAUUAAAUCUAAUUGCUAAUCCAACAAACCAUUGUAAAACAUUUCUAGCAUCUUAUUUCUUAUUAUUGAUUAAUAUGUAAGGGUACACCACGUCAGUUGUCAGUGUCACUGUCGGUAUCACCGUCAAGAUCAUUGUCCAGUCCAAGUCACCACUCCAAAACCCAAACCAACCCAUCCCAAUCCGCCACAUCCCUAGGCCUAAACGUCGAAUGUUUAACCCAUAUCCAUUAUCCAUAUUAUACAGUGGCAGAAUAUGUUCGAUUAUUGUUCAAGUCUUAAGUUCAUAAAUGGCGUCAUUCCCUACAUUCUAUGUGUAGGGAGCAAGGCCAAAUCAAGGUUUUAUAUGUAUUUCUAUAAUAUAUAGGUACUAUCAUACAUAUAUAUUUAAAAGGUAGCACUCGGAAUCACACUUCAUUUAAAAUAGUUUUAGAAUAAAGUAUCAUGAAAACACACUGUA